GAAACAAAAGAAUCCUGGUUUGUACGAGUCAGUGAGUUCUUUCCUGCAACCUCUUCUCCACUCGACGAUUUCGCUGCACUCCCCAUUACUGUGCAACAUGGACUCCGACCUCGACGCCCUCAUCGACAAUGCGGGUGCCAAGAGGAGCAAGCGCCCCAGGGCAAGGGGACUGACAACCAGUCAGCCUGGGAAAAGCUCCAAGAGAUCUAGGAAAACGCCUCCUCCUCCCCCGCCGGCUUCGAGCUCUGUUGCUGCGUCGACUGGCCAGACUAACGUCCCCACGACGAUACCACCCUCGCAGGCCGUCGUCUCUGUGGUGGCGCCGGCCUCGCAGACUGAUAUCGCUGCCGUGGUUGAAUCCCAACCUCCUGUGGCGGGUCAAAUGCCUUCUACCCAGCUCGUCAAAAGACCUUCUGCUUCCUGAGCUCAGAAGCUAACUAUUUCCACCCAUAUGGACUCGUAUGUGGUGGAUAAUGCUGCCGGUCCUCACGGGUCUACGCUGAUCUCGGAUGUAAUGUCCCGGAUUGGCCAGAGCUACGGCAAUUUCGAGGCUCCUCAGUGGCAGUGUCUAACUGGCACUCGGGACCGCACUGUCCUGUACGAGAAGAGUAUCGAGCACACUGCCGCGGUAAGUAUCCUAUAUAUUCCCUUUGCUUACAUUCAUGCUGUCUCGAGGCUAAUGAUGGUUUCUUCCUUUUUUCAGGCUCUUGCUUUCACUGCCCAGCUUAAUUACGAGCUGAACAACGAGGUCCAUUCGAGCAGGACCCUCGCCCAAGAGGAGAGGGACCUCCACCUUAAAGCGAAUGAUGACCUGAAGGCAGUGAAUACUAAGCUCGAGGCAGUGGUUAAGGAGCGUGAGGAAAUGGCCAAGGAGCUCAGAAAGCUGAAAAACGAACUCGAGGAGCAGAAGAAAGACAACAUCCAGCUUCGGGAGACCAAUAAGAAGCUCGAGGAAGACAAGGCCGUCACCCUCGACCUCAUGGAGGAUAUCAAAACCCGCCUUACUGCCGAGUUCAAAGAAAAGAAGGAAACGGCGGUUGAUUCAGCCAUGUACCGGAUGUGGGCCUAUAACGAAGAACUGGAUACCAGUUUUUUGGGUCCCCUCGAGGCGUCCUUCCUCGAACGAUGGAAUGCUCGGCUCGAGAAGGAAGAGGCUGAGCAGCUCGAGAAGGAUAAAGCUGCUCCGAGUACCGUUUCGGAGGGAGCUCAGGAGGAUAGUCAUGCUAUUCGUCCUGAGGGGUCCGGUGCCACUGAUGCUGAGAAGGCCAAGGAGACUCCUCUUCUUUGAAUCUGACCUCGGGGAGAUCAGUUUUCGGGGCUGCGUCCCAUUAUUUCUGUAAUUAUUUCAACUUAUGCCCACGGGGCUGAUACAAUUCCCUUUAUUAUUCUUUUAUAUG